CCACGCCUCCCGUGAACUCCCGGAGGUGCCCUGCCCGCAGCCUUCCGACAGACGCCCGCCUCCAGCCUUUCUCCCCUCUCCCCAGCCCCCAUAGCCCCCUGUCCACCGGGUCCCCGUGGGCGCGCCCCAGCUGUUUCUUUACUUAGAAGCCCGCCUUCCGGGGUUCCCGAGACCCAGGCUCCCGGGGACCCGCCUGCGUACAGAGCCGCGGGAAUCGGCGUGUGGCGUCCCUGUGCCGGGACGUGCUACGUGGCCACGGACGUGCGUUUGACGCAGAGAUCACGUCGCAAGCAGAAGUGUUCCGGGUUCCUUGCGCCGAUGCUUGUGGCCGAUCCCAGGUCACCUGGUGGCGGUGGCGGCGUCCGGAGGCGGGCUGUGCGCUCAGUCCUUUCUCUGCCACCGCGUCGACUCCUCAGCCGGGCGGGAAAGCGCUGUUGCAGACCACUGGAGACCCAAGGCACGCUAGGAAAUGAAGUUCAACUGCCUCUCCUUCCGCCAGCCUUAUGCAGGCUUGGUCCUCAGUGGGGUCAAGACCUUGGAGACUCGCUGGCGCCCCCUGCUGAGAGAACAUCAGAACUGUACCAUCGCCAUUCACAUAGCCCACAAGGACUGGGAAGACACAGCCUGGAAGCAGCUGCUGCUGGAGAGGCUUGGCAUGAACCACGCUCAGAUUCAGGCCUUGCUGCAGGAAGGGGACAAGUUUGGCCGUGGAGUGAUAGCUGGGCUUGUGGACAUCGGGGAGACGCUGCAAUGCCCAGAAGACUUAGCUCCUGAUGAAGAGGAAAAACUGGAAAAUCAAGCUGUACUGACCGACCUGAAGCACAAGUACCUGACCUCGCUUUCCAACCCCAGGUGGUUACUGGAGCCCAUACGUAGGCAUGGUAGGAAGGGCAUCUUCCAGGUGGACAUCCCAGAACAUCUGAUCCCCUUGGGGCAAGAGGUCUGAGAGAGAAAGACUCCUGAGAAGGGGAGGGAGAGAUCAGCUCCAUCAUGAUCCUGUCACUACUCCAUCACUCCACAGACCAAUCGAUCUCGUUCAGCUUGAAUUAUACUGCAGUGCUGAGCGUGGCCCACCAUAGGUUGGACUUGUUCACAGAGCUCCUUGGAGCGAGGGACAGAGAGAGACCUUCUUGGUGAGUCCCUCUCACCAUGCACAGGGUUUCAAGGACUUUAACCUAUCAUAGGGAUGAGGCAAAGCUAGGUAGUGUCCUGGCAUUGCCACUAUUGUGCGUCCAGGAUUUAUGGAUUAUUCCAAGAAAUAUGUUUUAAGAGAAGUAGUUAGAGUCGAGGCUCAUUUCCAUGCCCCCCUUCCUGUGUUUGGGUCAAAACUCACAGAUUGUUCAAUAUAGAGAGGACAUUGUGGACACUGGAGCGGGAGCUGAGUGGCAGCCAUGAUGAUCAGCUCUCAAUGGCAUUGUUCACAAUCAAGAGGGCAUCAGCCUCAGAAGUGACAUCUGUUGGACCAGCUAGAUCUCUCAAGAAUCUGACGGCAUAUAUUGCAUGUGUGUGGACUAGGCGGGUUCCUUGUAAUGCAUGGUAAAAUAAGUACCAGUAGGAACAUAUGAGUGCUGAUCUGGGACUAGCCCAUGAGCCCUGCUACGUUUUGUAACAAAACUUUUUAAUAAAAGAGAAAAAAGAA